AUGACCGUCGUCGAAGGCUCUCCCUUGUCGGAGAAAGACAUGGAGCGUGCCUUUGCGGCAGCAGGUGUACCUGUCGACGCAGUUGUCAUAUUUCUCAACCCAUUACGUGCUUCCGGAAACCCAUGGGCAAAAUUCAUCGGCCCUCCACGCCUGAUCGCUGACUCGACAAUCAAUGCGGCUCGAACUUUACGGGCCCAGCAACCUUUGAAGGGAUCUAAGCCUCGUCUAGUGAUUAUGAAUGCUCUCGGUGUGGGCGAGAGUUACGGAGUCACGCCGUAUCUCGCUCGGUUCAUGAUGAGCUACAGUAAUGUGGGCAAAACGUAUGAAGACCACAGCGCAGUCAAUGAUGAAAUCGAAGGGAACUGCGGCGAUGCGAUCUCGUGGACACUUGCAUUAGCCGUGGGGCUCAGCAGCGGUGGAAUUGCACCCGUCAGAUCCUUCGCAUGCGAUGAGAGCGGAUCAAGUAUGUUUAUUACGCGUGAAAGCUGUGCAAGGUGGAUGGUGGACGUGGCAUCAGGAAUGCUCGGGGAUCAAUUCAGCAAUAAGAGAGUCAUUGUGUCCAAUUAG